ACCUAGUGAGAGGCCCAGGACUUUGCACCUCUGCUAAACAGGACGAAGGCAAGGGAGGUGGGGAAGACUCCCAUUUGGAUCUUCCGAGGAAUAGGCGGAGUGUGAGCCAACUGCCUAGAGAAGGAGCAGAGCCAUGGUGGGGAAGAUGUGGACAGCGCUGUGGACACUGUGCUCAGUCUGGCUGGCCAUCGAUGCCAUCUCUGUGGAAACACCACAGGGGGUUCUUCGUGCUGCCCGGGGAAAGAGCGUCACCCUUCCAUGUACCUACCAAACUUCUGCCUCCGACCGAGAUGGAUUUAUCCAGUGGGAUAAGCUCCUUAGGAGUCACUCGGAAAAAGUAGUCACUUGGACAUUUUCAAAGAAGAGCUACAUUUAUGGGAACCUUUAUGAAAAUCGUGUCAACAUAUCUGACAAUGCAGAGCAGUCAGAUGCCUCCAUCACCAUUGGCCAGCUGACCAUGGAUGACAAUGGCACCUAUGAGUGCUCCGUCUCUCUGAUGUCAGAUCUAGAGGGCACCUCUAGGUCACGUGUCCGCCUCCUGGUCCUUGUGCCACCCUCCAAGCCAGACUGUGGCGUUGAAGGAGAGACGGUUAUUGGGAACAAUAUCCAGCUGACCUGCCAAUCAGCGGAGGGUUCUCCUUCCCCACAGUAUAGCUGGAAGAGCUACAACAUCCAGAACCAGGAGAGGCCCCUCAUCCAACCGGGUGUUGGGGGCAGCACGCAAGUCUUGGGCCAGAGCAUCUUUCUGAAGAACAUCUCCACAGACACAUCGGGCUACUACAUCUGCACCUCCAGCAAUGAGAUGGGGACCGAGUUCUGCAACAUCACCGUGGCUGUCAGGCCUCCCUCCAUGAACAUAGCUCUGUACGCGGGCAUUGCGGGAGGCGUGGUUGCAGCCCUCAUCAUCAUUGGCAUCAUCAUCUACUGCUGCUGCUGCCGGGGGAAGGAUGAUGGAGCUGAGGACAAAGAGUCUGCAAGGCCGAACCGGGCAGCUUAUCGGGAGCCUCCAGAGCAACCACGGGAGCUUUCCGGAAUGCAGGAAGGAGAGGACGACGGCCGGCAGGAGGACCGUGCGAGCUCUGGGCGUGGAUCUGCUGACCAUCUGGACGGCCCCAGCCAGUGAUGGGGGCCUGCCACACAACUGUGGAGACAGGAUUGGGCCCAGUCUCGUGCCCGCCAGCCUCCCUUCUCCUUUCUAAGAACCCCAGUCCCAUUCCUCCUAGGAAGCAUUGGUGGAGAUGUUUUGUCCUGGGUCUGUUGCUGAGGCAUGUCACUGGCCUGGUGACAGGGGUCCCACUAGUGACCCACCCUGAUGACCACACUCUCCUAUGCAGUGGCCCCUCCCCACUGCUACAUCUGGCUCAGGUCCUGGCCCAUUCCCCUGCUGACACUGUUCAGAACUCAUCAUGGGGGCAGUGCCAGUCUGAGGAGGACAGGAGCCUGGUCUGCCCACUGGUACCCAGCACCCACAGAAGACAUGUCAAAUGAAGGGAAGAGUGACAUAAUAGAUUCCCUGUAAUUUACGCAGCUUAGGUGUGCCCCAUUACCUGGAGGGCUGUCUCCUGCCUCCCUCACUGGUCUCAGUUCCCACCAUACUGCCUACAAUGGCCACCUCUUGCCCCAUGCCCGUGCCCUUGUGGAGCUUUUGUCUUUGCAGUUCUAUCUCUGCCAGACAAAAUCUUGUCUGUCUCCACAGGCCUGCCCAUCUCAGAUCUCAAAGGUUUCCUUAACCCUGUCCUGACCACUCACACAUAGGAAAUAGUUUUGCUGCUUUGUCCCAUAACAGUCCUGGGCCAAAUGGCAUAGGUCUGAGCUGUGCUUCUUGUUGUAUUAGGGCAGGGCCUGGGCCUCCACCUGCUUUCCUCACAGCCUGGCAGCCCACGUUGGGAAAGUGCCUUCACAAGCAGGGCCUGACCUCCCCGAUGUCGACUACAGACACUCAAUGACACCCGCCCAAGCCCCUGCUGGUUGGGCAAGGCGGCGGAAGGACUGAUUUAAAAUGAUCACACCCAGAGGCUUACUGGCCUCCCAGCCCCGCCCCACCGCUGAGCUCCGAGUGCUGGCUACUGUGCCACUCUCCCGCGCUCAGGCCCUGUCGGUUGCUCCACUGGUCACUCAGUGGCCGGUCUCAGCCACACGUGGUCAGCCACACGUGGUUUACCAUUAGGGUCAUAUUGUUGCCUUUUCCGAAUCAUCAGAAAAGCAAUUCUACAAACCCGCUCUCCACUCCUGAUAUUUUACAUGUGUAUUUUAAUGUUUUGUGAAAUUCUUUGCUUCAUUCCACAUGCUUUUGGUAAUAAUAAAGUUGUCAGUGAAAA